GCUAAAAAGGUUGACGUCUUCGCGUGUUGCGUGCUUAAAAAAUGUUCAAAAGUUAGAAAACUCGUUGUCGCCUAUUAAAAGUAAAUAUACACACACGUAAGGUAUUAUGCAUAGUAUAUUUCAUUAAUUGCACUGCUGAAAUCAAGCGAGUAAGAUCAUUGCCAGCACCAGUGUCACGUAUAUAAAGUGAGCCCACUGGCUAGCUUCUGUUCAAACGAUCGCAAAAUGUGUAGCAUUGUGUUCGACGCAGAGGUGGUCGCCCGACCUAGUCAUCUGGACGUAGCUUUUUUCGAGGAGGUAAUGGAGACGGCCUUACGAACCUCAAGAGUCCAGCUGCUGGAAAUACACAUUCAAAUGGGCAGCAGCACAGGGGAAAACUACUGCAGUCAGAUCUACCGAGCGAAAAUAACGUUUAAACGACCCGAUCAUCCGGAACAGAACAUGCUAUUUAUUGUGAAGAGCAUUCCCCGCCUGGAUUCGGUAGAGUUCAUUGAAGAUCUACAAGUAUACCUUAAGGAGAAAAUCACUUAUCACGAAGUCCUUCCUCGGCUGGAGCUCUUGAUGCAAUGCAAGCGCCGCUUCGGUCCAAAGCUUUACCAGUGCAUCAAGCAGCCGGAAAACACCCUUGUUUUCGAGGAUUUGGGGCAGAUGGGCUUCGUGAUGGCCUCCCGCGAGCUGGGAUUGGACGAGGUACACUGUCAGCUGGUCAUGGAGCGCUUGGCGGAGUUCCACGCCACUUCGAUGGCUCUGGCGAAGUUGGAUCCCCACAUUUUCGACGCCUAUGCAGACGGCAUGCUCUCCCCGAAGGGACUCGCGAAGGACGACGGCCUGUUGAUGCAGUUUUUCUCGGGGAACGGCAAGGAGCUGCACGCACUAGUAAGCUCGUGGCCCGGCUUCGAGCGCAUCGCCGGAAAGAUCGGCGAGUACCUGCGCAACCAGCGGGCUAAUCUGGAACGCAGUCAAGCGCCACAGGAGAACGAGAUCAAAGUACUUAACCAUGGUGACCUGUGGGUCAACAACAUGCUCUUCAAGUACGAUACACAGCAGAAGCCGCAGGACCUUAUCCUCAUCGACUUCCAGCUGAGCGUGUGGGGCAGCCCGGGCAUAGACCUCAACUACUUCUUUUACACGAGUCUCACUCUGGAGGUUCUGCGCCACCGACGGCCCCACCUGCUGCGCUCGUACCACGCUCGGCUGGCGGAAACGCUGCUCAGUAUCGACCUCGGCAUACCGGUGCCCAGCUACGAUCAGAUCGUCGAUGAGGUUCGCCGCCGCGAGGCGUACGGCUUUUUCGCCAGCUACGGCAUAUUCCCCACCGUCAGCCAGGACAAGGCUCAGACCGCCGACAACAAUCUGGAGAACUUCAAAAACGAAGAGUUCGCCAAGCAGAAGGUUCAUCAGAUGUUUGGGUCCCGCCGACUGGCAGAAACCCUUCGCUACUCGCUUCCGCACUUUGAGCGCGCCGGCGUCUUUGAAUAAACUUCUUCAAAAAUAUUGCAUCGAUGUAUAUAAAUGAAAUGGUAGCUUAUUUUUAAUAAAUUCGAAACUUUAAA